AUGGAUACGAAGAAUACGAAUAGUAUUCUUUUACCUGAUUUACUGAGUACUUGUCCAUUCAAACCUGAAUGCAAUCCAGCAUUUGAAUUAGUAUCAGAUGCAGCAGAAGCUUGGGCUAACUCAUAUGGUAUUCCGUACAAAGAAACGACAUACAAUUGUAGUCUCGCGGCAUCACUAUGCAUGCCGCAUUGUAAUCAAUCUAGGUUACGUGAAAUAUGCGAUUUAUUUGUGGUACUUUUGCUGACCGACGAUAUUCUAGAUAGUGCACCUAUUUCAAAAGGUGCCGAUCAGUCUAAACAACAACUAUCUACGAAUAUGAUGGAAUCUUUGCAGCCAGCCGGUUCAUUCAAACCAUUAACACCAUUCGCUGCCGCUCUUCAUGAUUGUUGGCAGCGAAUUCUCAUCAAUAUUACACCUGGUUGUCGAGAGCGUUUCCUCACCCACUUUCGAACAUCUAAUGAAGCUUCACUUCUUCAAGCUGCCAAUCAAAAGAAUCAUCGAAUAGUUCCUGAUUUAGAAACAUACAUUAGAUUUCGUCGAGAUACAAGCUUUGGACUUGUGGUGUUAAACUGUAUUGAGUACAGCCUCGAGCUUGAUUCACUUGAUGAAUGUUGGAAAAAUGAUACAUUCAAAUGUUUUGUUGAUUAUGCAAUUGAUACCUUCUCUUGGACAAACUUGCUAUCUUACUUUUUACAACAGGAUAUUUAUUCAUUCAAUGUUGAACAAUCGCGAGGUGACUACAGUCUCAUCACAAUACUUAUGCACGCUGAUCCAUCGCUGAAUAUUCAACAAGCUAUAGAUCGAGUUGGACAGAUGAUUAUCGGUCGUUACGCUGAUCUCCAGCGUGUUCGAAGUGAAUUAAUCUCAUGGGGACCUAAAAUCGAUACUCAAGUGGAAACAUUCGUCAAUGGUUGUACUGCCUUAAUUAUUGGGAACGCAGUGUGGAGUUUCGAAACGCCUAGGUAUUUUGGUACAAAGAGAGAAGAAGUCAAGAGGACGAGACGUGUUACAUUGCUAGCACCUAUGCAGGAAAAUCUCACUAAAGCAUUAAGUAAACAAGAGACAAAUUCAAAUGGCAACACAACUGAAGAUGUUUCUUCUCAACAGACUAUUCACCAAGAUCAAUCAACUUUCAACAGCAUAUCAAAUGCUAAAUACAUGGACAAACUUUUGCAACCAUAUGAUUACUUGAAAUCUUUACCCGGCAAAAAUAUUCGAACAAAAUUGAUUCAUGCACUCAAUUACUGGUUCAGAACAUCUGAAGAAAAAUUAAUUAUUAUCGAUGACAUUAUCGAUAAACUUCACAAUGCAAGUUUGUUAAUUGAUGAUAUUGAAGAUGGAUCUUCAAUUAGACGAGGUGCAUCAGCUGCUCAUACGAUUUACGGAAUUCCAUUGACAAUUAAUACAGCAGAACUUGUUUGUUUUCUUACUAUGCAAACAGCAUUCAAACUUGAUCAUCCACGUGUAGGAUCUGUUUUAGUUGAUCACUUGGUUGAAUUGCACAAAGGCCAAGGUCUGGAUAUUUGGUGGCGAGAGAAUCAUAUAUGUCCAACAGAAGACGAAUAUUGUCAAAUGAUUACUGGUAAAUCUGGUGGACUCUUUCAUUUGGCUAUAGAACUUUUACGACUCUUCUCACCACUACAAUCUGAUAUGAAGAAAAAUGAAUUAAUUAAUGAUUUAUGUCAAGCUCUCACAUUUCUCUUUCAAAUUCGUGAUGAUUAUUGUAAUUUGAUUUCAGAAGAAUACACACAAAAUAAGUCGUACUGUGAGGACAUAACUGAAGGCAAAUACUCAUUUCCAGUUAUUCAUGCUAUUAACACUCAUCCAGAUGAUACUCGACUCAGUGACAUUCUCAAACAGCACACAGACAAUAUCGAUGUGAAACGAGAAGCUGUUAAAUUGUUACAUGAAUUUGGUUCAAUCGAAUAUACGCGAAAUAUAUGUCUCGCACUGGCCAAUAAAUGUUAUGAACUUAUAGAUAAACUAGAGGGCAAUAUUUAUCUGGGUAUGAUUAUCAAUCAACUAGCAGCUAUUUUUCAAGUUCCAGCAGAAAAUAAAAUGGAAUAA